ACCAUAAGAAAGUAUGAUUUCCAAUUUGACCCCUAACGUCACCCUUUAUAUGUAAUGUACGUGCCGUUCGAUUUUCCGAGGUUGUCCAGAGCACUCGCUCCGCUUGGGUUUCUCCAAUGGCGUCGUCUGAGUUCGCGGAGUUCGUCGGAGAAUGGAUUCUCCGGCAAGAAGGAUUCCACGACGAACUCCUCGCAGCAAAAGAGCACGCCGGAGAGGAAGGUUUCUGCGACCGUGACGAUCUCAUCGCGCGUGUCAUCCGCCACUACAAAGAAUACUUCGAACGCAAAGCCGUCGUCAGGGAAAAUGACUGUUUUGCCCUUUUAUCCCCCACGUGGUUCUCCCGCCUCGAGAUCUGCUUCCUCUGGGUCGCCGGCUUCAAGCCGGGGUUAGGGAUAGGCAUCGUGAAGGAUGCCGUGGGAGGCUUGACGAACGAGCAGAUGGAUAAGAUGGAUAUGCUCGAGUUGGAGACCAUAGUGGCGGAGACGACAAUAGAGCACCGGCUGGCCGAGAUCCAGCGGAGUGCGGCGGCGUUGAGGGCCAUACGGCGGCAGAGCAGGGAGGAUAACAUGGCGGCGCAGGCUGAUGUGGAUUGGAUUGCGACGGCGAUGAAGGGGGUGGUGGCGGCCGCCGACGCCCUGAGGAUGAGAACUGCGAUCAAGAUCGUCGGAAUCCUCCAGACUGCUCAGAAGAUUGAGUUCUUGACUGCGGCGGCGACGUUAUACAAGAAGAUUAGGGUUCGGGGUUCCCAGCGAGGAGGAGAUGCGUCUACGUCCAUGCAACGCUGAAUAUUUUCCCUUCCUAUUAUAUAUAUAUAUAUGUCCGCUCUGGUUUCGAAUGUAGUUUGUGUUUGCUUUGUUGGGUGUUUGUGUUUUUUUUUUAUAAAUAAAGUUUAAUAUGGAGGCUGU